AUGGAUCCUAAUUCUUAUAACCACACGUCUAAGUUUAUUGAUUUGCUUACUAGUCAACAAAUUGUGUUCGGUUUUUCUCAAGAUAGUGUCCAACUAUCUUCUUCUCAAGUCCCCUAUUUUGGAACUCAAGCUCACGAAGCUUCAAACUUUGCUGAAGAGGGUCCUGCAGAGUGUAGAGAAAGGAAGCAGUGGACGCCAAUCGAUGAUCUUGUACUCAUCAGCGCAUGGUUGAAUACAAGUAAGGAUGCUGUUGUAGGCAACGAGCAGAGGUGUGGUACUUUCUGGAAGAGGGUUGCAGCAUACGUUGCCGCAUCUCCUAAGGUUACUGAACAGAGAGAGGCAAGUAAUUGUAAACAACGCUGGCAGAAGAUUAAUGACAUUGUCAAUAAGUUUUGUGGGGCGUAUGAAGUAGCAAGUAGAGAGAGAAGUUCUGGUCAAAAUGAUAAUGAUGUUGUCAAACUUGCUCAUGAGAUUUUCUACAACAACCAUACAAAAAAAUUCAAUCUUGAGCAUGCUUGGAAAGAGCUACGUAAUGAUCAGAAAUGGUGUGAGCUUUCCACUUCAAAACCCCAAGGAAGCUCUAAACUGAGGAAGUGUGAUGAUGGCGCUCAAUCAUCAACCUCACACGCACCUGAAACGACCAAUGGUGAAGAAGAUCAAGGCGCCAGUCGUCCGCCGGGUGUGAAGGCAGCUAAGGCCCAGCGUAAGAAGAAGGAUUUGGCAGCGGGGAAGAAGAAGGAUUUGCCAGAUGGGAAGGUGGUGGCAGCGUUUGAAAAUAUGUAG